AUGGCCGAUACGGGUAGGGUGUCAAGCUCUGCCACCCCGAGGUCCACAACUGGUCUAGUCGCUGCUGGUACCAAUGAUGCGAGUGCUGUGAGGUCGCGGAGUAGGAAGGUUCCCGCAAACCGGGAUGCAAUAAAAUCCCCCUCCUUGACACCUGGUCAGAGCCCCAUUCCCAGCCGAGGCGCAAGUCCCAUGCCAGCUGCGCGCCUCGGCAAUAGCAAUCUCCUAUCGAGCGGAAGGUCGAGUCCCUCCAACGCUGCCUUUUCGCGCGGGCUGCUGGAGGGUUCAUGGACACCUAGCUGGGCAUCCGUCCAAGAUUUUGCAUCGUCCCUACUAGAAGGCGGUUACAAUAGCGAACCAUCACGUCCCAACAGUAGCAGCGGGAGUAAAUCACGACCGAAGUCUAUAUGGAAUGGGUUCGGGGCAGGCGCUGCAAAACUUGGCAAGACAUCCACUUGGGGACCGGCACCUCCGGAGUCACGGCCGGCAGCCCGAGAUAUUGCAGCAGGAUCUCUUGCCGAGAGAGAAGCACAACUGAAAGCUAGGAAACGAGCUAGUGUACUGGAAAGCUACGAGGGAGUAAAUGGAGGGUUGGAUGUAGCUGGGAGGUAUAAAAGGAGGAACUCGGACGAGACUCCUCGAGGCGGAAGCGAACCUGACGUUGAAGAACACUUGGUCUAUUUACACCGUGUACAACCUACAGACACAUAUGCAGGCAUCGUCCUCCGUUAUAGAUGCCAGGAGCAGGCGUUUAGGAAGACGAAUGGGCUAUGGUCUCGGGACAAUAUCCAAAUACGCAAAUUCCUGAUGAUACCCGUCGAUGCAUGCGAAAACAAGGGACGGCCAUGCGAUCCGCCCUCCCAACACUCACAGAAAGUUGAUCAUUUAGCUACGACACCUUUGGCUUCCGAGUUUGGAAGCCCUACUUCCACCCCACAGCCACCGCGGACUCUUCAUGAUAGUUACUUUGAGUCCAUCAGUGGCACAUCAGCGGGACAACCGAAGCAGGAAGACGAGGAUUUACCAUGUACUCAUGUGCGGUGGGUUAAAUUAGAUUCAGUUAUAGAGCCCGUGGAGAUCGUAAGAGUCUCGAGGAAAUCGAUGGGUUAUUUUCCUCCUAGGCGAAAGAAGAGCAUUCACACAGCUUCCGCCUUCUCCACCCCACGUCACUCUCUUGACCUUUCAAAAACCAUCACAAACACAUCCGAAGCUGUUAAUAGUCCGGGACGGCUUUCAUCUAGACGACAAAGUUCUCUUAGUGCGCGACCGACCCCUACGAGCCUGGGGACCUCAUCUGCUAGAAGCAGGGUCGCUAGUGUGGGCGAGGGAGACGACGUUCCAGCGUGGAUGAGAAGGCCGGGAGGUGUAGGGUCUAUGGGAAAGAGCGUGAAAGCACCCGGCCCAGCUAAGGACUACUUUAAUACAUGGGUAAACAAACGACUACCUGGACUUGGUAUCGACUCGAUGCCUUCCAUGUCAGUUAUGGGAUCCGAGACAGCACAUUUUGGGUUUGAUAAUGCUACAGAAGAAACGGCGGGUAUCGUUGAAAGCCACUUUGAAGAAGGCCGGGAAGCUACUUCGCCUUCCCGCAACGGGAUCGGCCUCGAACAAGCCGCUGCAUCCGUCGAAUCAUGGUUGCGCGGCGCGUGGGCGAAGCGGACCGGUACUCCAAGGCUAAGCUCGUAUAAAAGCCCACCGGAGGACUUGGAUCUUAUCGAGCUCGCCGAUGCUAAUAGUGACGACGGAAGACAGGGUGCGUUUGCGAGAGCUCAGGAUGCUGCUGGUCUGCUGAACCAGGGGUUCCAAGCAUCGACGGGACGAAGUGAGGGCGAGGCCAUGCCCAUCUGCAUCGAGUGCCGGCACCCGGUGAAGACGCUGUGGACGCAGUACUCGGGCGCCGGUGACCCGUCGAGCGGGCACAACAUCCGGCUGACGGUGUAUAGGCAUCUGCUGCACAACACGCUCAUGCGCGAGCGCGACCAGUUUGAUCCGUCUAUCAUACGCUUAGGCACGCUCCUGUUACUCUUCGACGUCUACUUGACGUGGGCGCGCAUCGAGAAGCAAGCCACACCAUCGCCCGACUCGGUCUCCUCCGCGACAGGAAGUAAUCUGGGGAGUCUGGCACAGCAGCCCAUUGUCUUUCAAUAUCUAUACUUCCUAAUCCUCUGCACCUUCUCAACCCUCGCCUUCCACGUGAGCAUCCGCUUCCUGACCUCCUCCCCCUUCUCCCCCUUAGCCUUCCUGGGCUUCCUACCGACCUACCCGCGCCCCAACUCCGUCUCGACCGCCCUCCUCGUCUCCUCCUCCACCAAGCUCUUCCCCAUCCUCAUGGUCAUUUGGGACUACGACGUCCCCGCCGCCGCCCGCAGCCUCGGCUGGGCCGUCGUCGCCAACAAUGUAGAGGCCCUCGCCAUCCUCCUCGACUGCGGCUACGCUGUCGCGAUCGCGCUGACGGCCGCGGGCGCGGUUGCGAGGUGGCUUGUGGGACGCGCGAUUCUGUGGAUGGUGGGGCUCGAGGGCGUGGACUCGGUUAGCGAGAGCGGUGUUGCGGCUGAUGGGAGGGCGCUGUGGGCGGGUUUGGUUUAUGCGAGGGAGUGGGCGGGUAGGUUGGCUGUUGGGUGA